AUGUUGGCUUCUUACAAGAUAGCAAAUUUGAUUGCAAAAGCAGGUAAGCCUCAUACUAUCGGUGAAUCUCUGAUCAUGCCGGCAGUGGCUGUAGUGCUUUCAACUGUCAUGAAUCAGAGUCCACAAGAGGUGAAUGAUUUCUCGCUUCAACUCGACGAAUCAACUUUACCUGAUAAUUCUGCUCUUUUGAUGGCAUUUGUGAGGUUUCUUGAUGUAGAUGAAAUAUGUCAAGAAAUGCUUUUCGCAUUGAAAUUAACGACUGACACUAAAGGAGAAUCCAUCUUCAAAAAACUUGAGGUCUAUUUUGAGGAGAACAACAUUCCACUCAAGAACAUUGUGGCUUGUGCAACAGAUGGCGCUGCUGCUAUGAUAGGAAGUGGGACAGAACUUGGACAGAAACUUGUUGAUGCAAAGAGUGACAUCUUUCUCUACCUGUCUGACAUAUUUGAAAAGCUAAAUGUUCUGAACAAAGAGCUUCAAGGAAAUAACUCCACCAUGUUUUCCUGCAAGGAGGCAAUUACUACAUUUAAAGGGAAACUCAAGCUGUUCUGGUUGAACCUUGGAAGACGAGAGUUUGCACAGUUUCCUUCCUUAGCAGUUAUAUCCACCGAUCUGCUUGAUGAUGACCUAGCAGUGUAUGUUGACCAUCUGAAGCAGUUGCAUAAUGAUAUGGACACUCGCUUCUCUGACCUACUCCAAAUGACUGUGCCACACUGGUUUGUGGAUCCCUUCAUUGCUGAUGUAUCUGAAGUUGAUGUCACCCUACAAGAAAGUCUCAUUGAACUUCAGAAUAACACAACAGCUCAAGCAAGGUUCAAGCGUGGAGGACACCAGAAGCUGUGGAUGAAUCAAGAUGUGUAUAAGAAGUACCCAAUACUCUGGAAAGAUGUGAAGUUGCUCUUACUUGCCUUUCCCACGUCUUACUUGGUUGAGACUGGUUUCAGUCGGGUGAUGUACUGCUGUCAAAGACACGAAAUCGCCUUGACUAGAAAAAAGAGGCGAUUUACGUCUCUCUCUGACAGCUUUCAAGCCAAACAUUGA